AUGCCGCUUGCACGAAGUACCACUGCGUUCAAGUCGUCGUCUGCACUGGUGGGCAAAGGCGUUCAUCGCGCUGCCAUGGUGUCCAUUCGCAAUCCGAUUGAGAUGUUUGUUGCUGUUCUCAUCCUGGCAUCCUUCAGCUACUUUACACUCUACAACUUGGCGCGUACCUCCGACAUCUUCUCUGGUACCAGCACCCGCCUUUAUCCAGCAACCGUACAUGCAUCAGCCAAUGAUAAUGGAUUUUCACUUUAUCCUGCAUCUGAUGAAAUCACCAAGAACGCGGUCAAGAUUCACAUGAAGCAGCUUGCCGUCAAUGAUAAGGGUGAAGCGUUGGAUCGUUUCCAAUCGAUGAUUGAGAAUCAAGUGUUUGUACCCGAUGAACCCGCCUUAUCCAACAACAAAUUUUCAUACGCUCAUGGCCUGUGCUACCAAACUGAAGAGAAUCAAUGUGCGGCUCUCCCCAGCUGGGAAAAUGAUGACCAAGUGGUAUUGUCUUAUGCUAUCGAUGCUACCGGAUCCAUUCGUCGUGAAUUGGCUCGUCAAUGGGCUGACAAGGUCGAUAGCCUCCCACCCGGUGAACUCGUCUCUCAAGCAAAUCAACAAGAAGGUGAAAAUCUCUUGGCAUGGCUCUUCAUCAUUACACGCAACGUGGUCUUUAGACUCAAAGAAUUGAUCGACAUGGCCGAUAAUGUCGAUAUCUUUGUUAUCCUGGCGGGUUACAUCAUGAUGAUCAUCACCUUUGUAUCGCUCUUUGUCAACAUGCGUCGCAUGGGAUCUCGUUAUAGCUUGGCAUCUGCUGUUACGGUGAAUGGUUUCUUUUCAUUCAUGUUGGCCCUCUUGACGGUGCACGCUAUCGGUGUACAACCUUCUCCAGUAGUUUUGGCCGAGGCUAUUCCUUUCCUGGUCGUCACUAUCGGCUUUGAACGUCCCUACAAGCUCACCAAGCGUGUAUUCGAGUUCAGCAAGGAAACACCAUUGACUCGCCAAGAUGUACGUGAAACCAUCAUUCGUGCUGUGGAUACCGUUGCAUUGCCCAUUGCACGCGAUUGUGUUAUCGAGAUCAGCGUUCUUGCCUUGGGUGCAAAGUCCGCUAUCGCUGGUCUUCGAGAAUUCUGUUUCCUUUCCGCUAUCUUGCUUGCAUAUGAUGUCGUGCUCCUAUUUACCUGGUACACGUCCGUGUUGACUCUCAAGCUCGAGUUGACUCGUAUCCGGGAAAUCAGUGGUAACACAUCCAGCAACAAGAACAACAACAAGAAAUCUCAGGCACCUUCCAACAUGAGCUAUGUACGUCGUGCUGUGGUCAAGGCUCUUAGCGAUGAUAGCAGCAAUGCUACUCCAAGAGACUCACAAAAAUCGGAUGGAUCCUUCAUUGGCCGUCUAAAGCUUUUGAUGAUCGUGGCAUUUGUCGCCAUGCACAUUUUUGAGUUCUGCACUGCUUUCCAAUCGGGUCCACAAGUCGAUGUUACUCAACCUGGCAUUGCAUCGGUGUUAUCCAGCUUGCUUGAACAGCAUCGUGCAUCAGCUCAAGCAUCCCUUCCUUUGAUUGUGGAGGUGUUCCCCGCCGUUGUUUUCCAUGUCCCUUCUGCCAACAAGAGCCUUGUUCCCGAAUCUAUCACAAGACCUUUGGAGGCCUUAUCUGAAAUCUAUGCCGUCUAUAUUCAGCAUCCCGUGAUCAGCCAAUGGCUCGCUAUUGGUUUGUUUGUGUCGCUUUUCCUCAACACCUACUUGUUCAACGUCGCUAAGCAACCAAAACAACUUCCCACGGAACAACGCACCGAUAAGCAAUCUCAACAACAAGCACCACCCACUCCCACCAUUGCCACCAAGAAGGCUGUUGUAUCAUCACCACCUCCUAGCACGGAUGUCAUUCGAUCUGUGGAUGAAUGUAUGGCACUUAUCAAGACCCCUGAAGCUCUCAAUGACGAAGAAGUGAUUCAACUUGUACAAAACGGCAAAGUUGCAUCCUACGCAUUGGAAAAGACACUUGGUGAUUUCGAGCGUGCUGUUUCAGUACGUCGAUCCUUGAUUUCUCGUGCAUCGGUCACCAAGACAUUGGAGCAUAGCUUGUUGCCUCUUAAGGAUUACCAUUACGACAAGGUGUUUGGUGCAUGCUGUGAGAAUGUGGUUGGCUAUAUGCCCCUUCCAUUGGGUAUUGCUGGUCCUAUGAAGAUUGAUGGUAUCGACACCGUCAUUCCUAUGGCUACCACUGAAGGCUGUUUGGUUGCAUCCGCAUCUCGUGGCUGCAAGGCAAUUAACAAUGGUGGCGGUGCAACAACGAUUGUUACAGCUGAUGGUAUGACGCGUGGUCCUUGUUUGAGCUUCCCCAACAUUAUCAGUGCUGGUGAAUGUAAACGCUGGAUUGAACAAGAAGGCAACUCGAUCCUUACCGAGGCAUUCAAUUCCACUUCAAGAUUUGCUCGUUUACGCAAGCUCAAGGUGGCAUUGGCUGGCAAAUUGAUGUUUGUGCGUUUCUCUACCACGACGGGUGAUGCUAUGGGCAUGAACAUGAUUUCCAAGGGUUGUGAAAAGGCAUUGAGUGUACUUGGCGAACAUUUCCCUGAUAUGCAAAUCGUGUCAUUAUCAGGCAACUAUUGUACCGACAAGAAGCCUGCAGCUAUCAAUUGGAUUGAAGGUCGUGGCAAAUCGGUUGUUGCUGAAGCUGUCAUUCCUGGACAUGUCGUUGAAAAGGUGCUCAAGACCACUGUGGCUGCUCUUGUGGAAUUGAAUGUGGACAAGAAUUUGGUUGGCUCUGCUAUGGCUGGCUCUGUUGGUGGAUUCAACGCACAAGCUGCCAACAUCCUUACGGCCAUUUAUCUUGCUGCUGGUCAAGACCCUGCACAAAAUGUCGAAAGCUCCCAAUGUAUCACUUUAAUGUCAGCUGUGAACGAUGGCAAGGACUUGCAUAUUUCUUGUACGAUGCCUUGCAUUGAAGUGGGCACUGUUGGUGGUGGCACCACUCUUCCCCCACAGCAGGCUGUGCUUGAGAUGCUUGGUGUACGUGGCCCCCAUCCUACCAAUCCUGGUGACAAUGCUCGUCGUCUUGCACGCAUUAUUUGUGCUGCUGUUAUGGCUGGCGAGUUGUCAUUGUGUGCCGCUCUUGCCGCUGGUCAUCUUGUUCGUGCUCACAUGGCUCAUAACCGCGCUACCGCUGUUCCUGCUCCUAUCCCAGGAUCUUGCAUCAAGUCAUAA